AUGACAAACAAUGAGGGAAGCCGCGCUUCACAGAGGAGAAUGGUUGAGGGUGAGUCAAGCAAUGCAAGAGAGACAAGGCUUAAGAUGCAAGCCGAUUUGAAGAGGAUGGAUCAGAGGAUGGAAGGGUCUGAUGCAGAGGAGUAUGUCUACUCUGAGGAACAAUCUGAGAGUGAGAGGCUGAGGGAAGAAAGGAGAACCAAGAAGAGGAAUGACCCUAUAAGUAGUGAGAGUGAGCAAGGGGAGUUUGAGAUUGGAGUGAACUUUGUUCAAGAGGGGGGAAAUGGCUCUCCAAAUGAGGAAGGCAGUGAGGAAACUGAGAGUGAUGAGGAGGGAGAAAAGGUGAACCAAUUGGUUGAUGAAGAUGAUCAAGAGGGGAACCAAGAUGAGCCAAUGGAAGAGGUUGAGGAAGAGCAAGAGGAGGAUGAGCUCCCCAUGUCUUUUGGAGCAUUCUGGAGCAUAUGGGACAUGAAGGAGCAUGGAGGGACUUGGCACAUGGAAGCAGCUCAACUGGAUACGCAAAGGAAGAAGGGAGAAGCCAUCUUGAAGACCAGCUCGACCGUCCACUCGACCAACCGGUCGAGUUCCUCAACUCGACCGGCCAAGCUUCAACUCGAUCGAGCUGGGGAAGUCAAAGUCAAACCCGAAAAAUGUUGCUUCCCCCUUGACUUCCUUUGA